CUUCAGUAUCUCUUGUGGUACUGACAUCGCUUAUCUAGUUUAUCCAAUUCUGUGCAGAAAAAACUGUUCGUUCCAAGAAACCCAGGACGGACCAAACAAAACAUCAGAGGAUCAAAACUCAAUACAGAAGAUGGAUCCAAUGCAUAUAGCUCUUCCCGUAGUGGGUAUCGUAGCAGUUGCCGCAGUAACCUUCUAUGCAGUGAGCUUUGCAGAGCUCCGAGAGAAAUCUUUUAGAAACUUGGAUGAGUCUGAUGAUGAAAACGGUGGAUUCAGCUCAUCUCUGAGCUCGAGAGGACGACGGGCCAGAAGGAAAGCAGAGAAAGAAGCCAAGAAAUGAAAUACUUGUGAUGAAU